CACCGGCCAGUUGGCUGUAGACGGUCCAUGCUCAGUGGUCCACUACAGAUAUGAAACCAGUUCUGGAGUGAGAGUGGCGCUCAGCUGGGGACGCUGCCCGCAGGGUGACUUAAAUGUCCCAAACUGGAAGGUGGAGAGAGAAGUGGAUGCCCCCAGGGCUCUGGGCCACCCUCGAGGAUGAAAUCUCGGGAGCAGCUGGUGCAGCAGGUGCUACAGGAGUUGCAAGAGGCAGUGGAGUCCGAGGGCCUGGAGGGUCUCGUGGGUGCGGCCCUUGAGGCCAAACGGGUCCUGUUUUCCUUCACCCUCCCCACCUGCCGGGAGGGGGGCCCCGGCCCCCAGAUGCUGGAGGUGGACUCGGUGGCCCUGAGCCUGUACCCAGAGGAUGCUCCCCGGAACAUGCUGCCGCUGCUGUGCAAGGGCGAGGGCAGCCUGCUGUUUGAGGCGGCCAGCAUGCUGCUGUGGGGUGACGCAGGCCUCAGCCUGGAACUGCGGGCCCGGACUGUGGUGGAGAUGCUGCUGCACAGACACUACUACCUCCAGGGCAUGAUCGAGUCCAAGGUGAUGCUGCAGGCCGUGCGCUAUUCCCUGUGCUCCGAGGAGUCCCCGGAGAUGACUAGCCUGCCGUCCGCCACGCUGGAGGCCAUCUUCGAUGCGGAUGUCAAGGCCACCUGCUUUCCUAGCAGCUUCUCCAAUGUGUGGCACUUGUAUGCCCUCGCCUCUGUCCUGCAGCGCAACAUCUACUCCAUCUACCCCAUGCGCAACCUCAAGAUCCGGCCCUACUUUAACCGCAUCAUCCGGCCCCGCCGCUGUGACCACACACCUGCCACGCUGCACAUCAUGUGGGCUGGCCAGCCCCUCACCAGCCACCUCUUCCGCCACCAGUACUUUGCCCCUGUGGUGGGGCUGGAGGAGGUGGAGGCUGAAGGUGCAACUGGCCCAGCCCUGGCCCCGCUGCCACCACCGGCCAAGACCCUGGAGCUGCUCAACCGGGAGCCUGGCCUCAGCUACUCCCACCUCUGUGAGCGCUACAGUGUCACCAAGAGCACCUUCUACCGCUGGCGGCGGCAGUCCCAGGAGCACCGGCAGAAGGUGGCUGCCCGCUUCUCGGCCAAGCACUUCCUGCAGGACAGCUUCCACCGUGGGGGUGUCGUGCCCCUGCAGCAGUUCCUCCAGAGGUUCCCCGAGAUCUCACGCUCCACCUAUUAUGCCUGGAAGCACGAGCUGCUGGGCUCUGGCACCUGCCAGGCCCUGGCCCCCAAGGAGGCACUGGCGAUGGAGGAGCUGGAGACGCUGCCGGAGGAACAGGUCACCGAGGGGCUCGGAUGCUCGUCACUGGCGGUGUCCAGCCCUGGAAUGGUCUUAAUGCAGCGGGCCAAGUUGUACCUGGAGCACUGCAUCUCCCUGAACACACUGGUACCCUACCGCUGCUUCAAACGCAGGUUCCCUGGCAUCUCCCGGUCCACCUACUACAACUGGCGCCGAAAGGCCCUCCGAAGGAACCCCAGCUUCAAGCCGCCACCAGCCCUCUCGGUGGCCAGGGUUCCCCAGCCUGCAUCUGUUGGGGAAGAGGCCCUACUCCCUUGGAAGGGUGAGGUGGAAGACAGGGCAGGGAAAGCAGCAGGUGGGGGGCCACCUGCCCCCCGGGAGUUCCUGCCCCUGAGGAUGCCCCUGUCCCGUUGGCAGAGGCGUCUGCGCAGGGCUGCCCGCAAACAGGUGCUGAGUGGGCAUCUCCCCUUCUGUCGCUUUCGCCUCCGCUACCCUAGCUUGUCACCCUCCACCUUUUGGGUUUGGAAGAGUCUUGCCCGGGGCUGGCCCAGAAGCAUGUCUAAGCUUCAGGUGCAGGCCCUGACCUUGGGCAAAGCGGGGGUGCAAGGGGCAGGGGAGAAGCAGGAGAAAGAAUCUGGUAGGAAUGUGACAGCUGCCAUGGCCCCACCUGCAGGGAUCCUGCAGGUGGGGGCUUCUCCAGGAGAGGAUCCAGGGAAGGUCCAGGGAGGGCCUUCCAGAGACGGGGUCCUGCCAGGGGGGGUCGUGGCCCAGAACCGGCCCCACGGUGGGUCCCUGUCCAGCCGUCCUGUGGUGGCAGCGGCAAGUGGCAGGGACGGCCAAAUGCUGGUGAUGGACAUGCUCGCCACCACGAAGUUCAAGGCCCAGGCCAAGCUGUUCCUGCAGAAGCGCUUCCAGUCCAAGAGCUUCCCCUCCUACAAGGAGUUCAGUGCCCUCUUCCCCUUCACUGCCCGCUCCACCUACUACAUGUGGAAGCGCGCCCUCUAUGAUGGCCUAACCUUGGUUGAUGGCUGACAGGGAGGUGUGAAUGGGGCGGGGAGGAAGGGGGGCCAGUUUAGAGAGGGUCAGGGACCUGAGUUGCUCCCUGGCUUGGCCAGGAUGUCCUUUGUUCCGGCUCCCACAGUAUCUAUCCUGAAUGCAAGGGGAGAUUUGUGUUUUCUGGCUCCAGGGCAGAGAGAGCCAGAAAUCAGCCAUCUGGUCCUCUGCAGAGAGCUGCAGGACCAGAGAUGUUCACUUCAGUUGUUUGCCAUUCUUAUUUUUAUUGUUGUGUCUUGGUUUUAGUUUUUUGUUUUGAUUUAAGGGGGUUGGCUGGGCCCCCUUGCUGGUGUUGGAAGCUGUACGUGUGUGGGGGUCUGGAGGGGGGUUGGUUACCUAAUGCUGCUUUCAGCUAUUCCUGGGGACAAAAAGAGUAUUAUAGCAUGGCCAUCUGUCCCAGUGGGCAGAAUAUAUAUAUUCAGUUCCUUUUGGCAGUUGGCACUGUCCUUACUCAAGAUGGUGCCUAAAGGAACAUUAGACAUCAAGUGUGGAGCGGGUCAGUGGCUUCUG